UAAACAAAUUCCAUUAAAUUUAUAAUGGAAAAUUUAUUAACUACAACUUUUUUACAAUUAUUUUGCGAAAAAAACUCCGAUGGCACAAAAUCUUUAAGACUGAAAGGCAGGGAAUUAGAUCAAAGAAAAGGACUACGUUUGGAUUGUUCAGAUAUGAUGACAAUUUGCGAUUUUUUAAACGAUCAUCCUGAUGUAGUCGAUUUAGAUAUAUGUUACAACAACAUUGGAGAUAAAGGAAUGUAUCUUUUCAAGACGAUGUAUCUUAAGAAUGAGAAUAACUUGAGACAUUUAAAUAUGGCUUCGUGUAGUUUAACAUGGAAGGCAGUGGAACAACUUUACAUGGUUGCGGAUACCAUAAAAUUAAAAACUUUAAGAUUAACGGGAAAUAAAAUAGGAAAAGAAGGGGGUCGUUUCGUUGGAAUGUUGUUGCAAAAAAAUAAUACGAUAAAUCACCUCGAUUUAGGCGAUACAGAUCAAACUAUGGCCAGCGUUCCUUUUCUUAUGACAGUUUUAAGACCGGAUUAUUCAACAAACACCAGCAUAAGAAUUUUUGAUAUGUCCAGAAUAAUUCCAAGUAGUCUAUAUUACACCUUUGAUAGUGGUGAUUUAGCCGAACAUCUUGGAAAUAUGUUAAAAGUGAAUACAACUUUAUAUGAACUACACAUGCAAAAAUGUGGAUUUGAUGGUCAUGAUAUUGAAAGAAUGCUUUAUGGAAUGAAAUUUAACAAAACACUUGUAAUGUUGGAUUUGGGUAACAAUCAAUUUGGCGAUCACGGAAUGGAAUUGCUUGCGAUUUGGUUAAGAACAAGACCAGCUUUAUUAGGUUUAAAUGUGUGCGGAAACAGAAUAAAAGAUACCGGAUGUAGAGCUUUAAGUCAUCACCUCCCCUUUUCGAAAAUUCGACUCUUGGAUAUAGCCAGGAAUUGUAUUGAAGAUAAAGCUUUAGUACAUCUACUAUAUAGUAUUAAAAAACCAUACCAAAUGAGAAUGCUUUAUAUGUGGGGAAAUAAAAUCGGCGAAACUACAUUAAAGGUGUUGCAAAGAAUGAUUGGCGUAGGAGUAUUUGAUCCUGAACGGCUUGAUGUUCGAAUUUACGAAGUUGAUGGCGUUUUAUAUCAUGCUUAUGUACCAGAAGAUCAUUAUAAGCACCGUUUAUACAGUGUUAUGGAUCAUGGAUGUGCUGUUGAACUCAAAAUUAAACGGAAUAUCAUUGAAGAUGAAUACAGUUAUCCGAGGAACUUAACUAACUUUAAAUUUUAUGAUAAAAUACCUGCCGCGCCAGGUAGUCCAAGGAGACCUGUUUGUUAAAAUAAGUCUGUUGGAACAAAAUUGUUAAAAAAUUGAUAAAAAAUAUACAA